UCCACGAAUGCAGCUUCCUCGACGGGUCCAAAGAGGCAGAAACUGGACGCUGGCCGAGUAGCGGACGUGAUGAAACGAACACUGACCAGCGGAGAUCUCAGCGAUGUACGCUUCUUCGCGGGACGUGACUUUGGCAGCGCUCAGAACUUUUCCGCACACAGAUUCGUUUUAAGCAGUCGCAAUGACGUGUUCCGCACGAUGUUCUACGGAAGCCUGCCGGAAAACUGUGAUAAGCCCGUCGAUAUUCCUGAUGUCCACCCAGAUGCAUUCGCUAACAUGCUCAGUUUUGUGUAUGCGGACACCGUUGAUGGGUCCGUCUUGACAAUGUACUGUAUUCACCACCACGAACUGCGCCGAUAAAUACGAUUUGCCGCAGCUGACGCAGAUGUGCACUAACUUCGUGG